AUGAUGUCCCUCACUGUUGGCGUCUUGGCCCUUCAGGGCGGCUUCUUCGAGCACAUCGACCUGCUUCAUCGUGCCGCCUCCGUCGUCUUUCCCUCGAUGCGCCCCGAGGCUGUCUUCACGGCCAUCGAGGUUCGCACUCCCGCGGAUCUCGACAAGAGCGACGCCUUGAUCAUCCCCGGUGGCGAAAGCACCACUAUUGCCUUUGUCGCUCAACAGUCGGGCCUCUUGGAGCCUCUUCGUGACUUUGUCAAAGUCAAGAGAAAGCCAGUCUGGGGUACCUGCGCCGGCCUUAUCCUGCUCGCAGAGCAAGCCAACGGCGCCAAAAUCGGCGGCCAGGAGCUCAUCGGCGGCCUCGACGUCGCCGUCGCCCGCAACCACUUUGGCCGCCAGCUCCAGAGCUUCCAGGCUACCAUUCACCUUCCCUUCCUCGGCGAGAACCAGCCUGUCAACCAAGCUGAGCCGGUGGACGAGUUCUUUCCCGCCAUUUUCAUUCGCGCUCCGAUAGUCGAGGAGAUCCUGAAUGACAAUGUCGAGGUCCUUGCCACGGUCCCCCGCGAGGAAAAGGCCAAGCGCGGCUCUACCCUCGAUGAGAAGGAGAAAGACGAUGUCAUUGCGGUUCGACAGGGCUCGAUUGUCGGCAUGAGUUUCCAUCCCGAGCUCACUGAGGAUCCUCGCAUCCAUGUUUGGUGGCUCAGACAUAUUCUGAGCACCAUGUGA